AUCCAGAGAAAUGAAGGUAUUUGUCACUUUGAGUGUUAUUGUCUGUUUUUGGGCGAUAGCGUAUGGACAGCAAGCCCAACAAAGCAUUGCCUGUUCGGUCCCUGGUAAUCAAAUGGAAACAUUCUUUUCUUGUGUUAGAAGUGAUCAGCGAAUUAGUACAUUUUUAGACCAAUGGGAUACUUGUAAGAAUAAUUUUUUCCCGACCGCAACUGAUGGUCAAGUUUUGCAACAGAUGUGUGGAAACAUGAUGGUCAAAGCUGCGAUGGUUAAUUGUUUCCAAGCGCAAAUGAAUCAGUUUUACAAUGAGAUUAAAACAGUUGCUGAAACUUGUCAAAAGACUUUGUAACCUGUACGAAAUAUAUUUUGUUGGGAAAAAAAAAAGAGUACAGGAAGUAUCAACUAUACUAUUAUUCCCCUUGAUUUUCUUCAUCUUUUUCUCCAAGAAAUGCAUUGCUUCAUCAGAAAAUGUACUACAGGCAACAUUAGAAACUUGCC